UUUGUCCUCGACAUGCGUCAUGCAUUCGACGCAACUAUAAAACACUUGACCUCCCUACUCUCGCAGUUAAUCGCUCCCCCCAGCCGGCAGUGACUACACGCAUCGCGUUGUGUUCCAAAUUUAAACAGUUAAAAAACCGAUAUGCCCAUCGAUCUGUACUACGUGCCGGGCUCCGCCCCUUGCCGCGCCGUGCUCCUUACAGCCAAGGCCCUCAACCUGAACCUAAACCUUAAGCUCGUAGACCUGCACCAUGGGGAACACCUCAAGCCAGAGUACAUUAAGCUAAACCCCCAACACACAGUCCCCACACUAGUUGACGACGGGUUCUCAAUCUGGGAGUCCCGAGCUAUCAUCACAUACUUGGUGAACAAAUAUGCCAAGGGCAGCGGCCUGUACCCCGAGGAGCCUAAAGCGAGGGCCCUAGUAGACCAGCGCCUGUAUUUCGAUAUUGGCACUCUGUACCAGAGAUUUGCUGAUUACUUCUACCCACAAGUAUUCGGUGGUGCGCCCGCUGACAAGGACAAGCUAGCCAAGAUCGAAGAUGCUCUUCAGCUCCUCAACACAUUCCUGGAAGGGCAGAAGUUCUGCGCCGGCCCCAACCUGACACUCGCUGACCUAAGCCUUAUCGCCAGUGUGUCAAGCUUCGAAGCCUCGGAUAUUGACUUCAAGAAGUACCCUAAUGUUAAGAGAUGGUAUGAAACAGUGAAGACAUCGGCGCCCGGCUACCAAGAGGCUAACGAGAAGGGUUUGGACGCCUUCAAGGGGCUCGUCAACAGUAUGAUGAAGAAGUAACUCAAGCAUCCUCAAACCAGCUCCAUUCGUUUAUACAGAUGACAAUAAACCAACGAAGCUCAAUAAACAUCACUCUUUACGUCAACCAAGUUAUUAUUGAGACUUCGUUUAACCAGAUUUAAAGAAAUAUUUUUAUACUGGCUUUUCCUACUCUCUGGUUCGUCUAUCUAUGAUCGGAUUUUUUCAAUUUUCUUUUGGAUAAUCGAAUGGAGUCGUUUCAUGAUACACAGUAUAAAAUGCUGUCACUUUCACAAAUUGUUUUCUCAAGUUACACCGUUUUACAUUCUGAUUUAUUUAAGAAUAGGUUAUAAGGCACGAAUAAAAGUUAAUAUAAAAA